UUGAAAUCCCGAAGGUUGCCGAACAGUCUAGAAUCAAUUCGCUGUCUGCAGACGGUUGUUUUUCCUGCCAGAUAAAUUGAAUGUUCUCGAGCGAUUGGUUAUACAAAUAGUACUAGGUUCUAUUUGCAAUUAUUGCAUAGGUGCAAUUAUUUCAUAAAAAAACAUUUUGUGUGAUACUUUUUUUUGCAAAUCUAGCAAGCAAAAACUUUAGGCGACAACUGAGAAUGGCCAAGUGGGGCGAAGGUGACCCUCGUUGGAUUGUCGAGGAACGUCCGGAUGCAACGAAUGUAAACAACUGGCACUGGACUGAGAAAAAUGCGACUCCAUGGUCUAAAGACAGACUGAAAGCAUUGCUUCAAGAUUUCGUAAUCAGUGGGUCCGGCCAGGAAUGCAAAAUCGUAGAAAUAGAAAAGUUGGACGGUGAAGCAACGGCCAACAAUCGAAAAGGAAAGUUAAUCUUUUUCUACGAAUGGAACAUAGUUCUCAAAUGGAGCGGGUCGAUCGAUGAGGAGGAUGUAACUGGAAAAGUCACCAUACCUAAUCUCUCCGAAGAAAAUGACAUCGACGAAGUGGAACUGACGGUCUCAGUAGAUACUUCUAACAACGCAUCGGAGAAGCUAAAAACGUUUAUGUACAAUAUUGGACGAGACAAACUUCGGAAACAGUUGGAGAAUUAUGUUGAAGAGCUUAAACAAGAUUUUGCCAAAGGACUUAUUCUGCCGAAAAAGGGUGAGGAGAACGGAAAUCCUCCUGUGAAACCCGAUAAAGAAACUGUGUUUGCCAGCGGUUUUAACAAGCAGAAAUUCGAACAACAGACUGUGACUAGUGAUAAUAGCAAAGCUGGCUGUAAGCUGGACGUGAAAACACUGGAAACGGUGGAACGCUUUCAGUGUCGGGCAAAUGAGCUUUAUGACGCACUCACUCGCACAGACAUGGUGACUGCGUUUACACGUGGUUAUGUAAAGUUGGAUCUCUUCAAAGGCGGAGAAUUCGUCUAUUUUGGAGGAAAUGUUAGUGGUGCAUUCGAUGAAAUCGUUCCAAACAAAAAGAUCACUCAGACGUGGCGAUUGAAGCAGUGGCCUCCUGGUCACUUUUCCAAUGUUGUGAUGGAGCUACAACAAAUGGAUGAUCACACGGAACUGAAAUUAACCCAAACUCUAAUUCCUGCGGCCGAGUUUGAAGCAACCAAAGCAAAUUGGAGCCGCUAUUACUGGGACAGUAUUCGAUCGGCUUUCGGAUUCGGUACAUUUCUGUGUUAACAACGAAGCAUAAUUGAGAUCCGUGGGUUGUUUACCCGUGUUAUUGGCUAUAGAUCAUCUCCUUUAUUAUAUGUCAACGUGUAAAGUCGCAAACAAUUAAACAUAUAUCUGGAAUGAACAACAUAACAUCGUUGGAAUCAUGGAAGUAAUGCUUUCGUCUGUUUAACGACAUCGCGAAACAUCCCAUUAAAAUUACUAAUCGUCCUACGGAUAUGAUUUUCAGUGUACGACCUGGUCAACCAUUGUACAUUCUAAUUAGUUGUCUAUGCGUAUUUAGUUCAAAUCCGAUCCUUUCAGCGAACAUCCUGCACACCAAAUCAGCAGCUUUUUGAAUAGUUUAUAUUUAUUUAGUAUAGCAUGUUGACAUGGAUGCCGAAUGGUAGUUCAAGCGAAGUAAAAGUGGGUUGAAAAGCACUGCUGAUUCUUUAAAAUUGAAUAUAAUCGAAAUACACCAUCAGAUUAUCAGUA